AUGCCGACUUCUGUCAAUGUUAGUAAACAGCUGCCUCUCGCUAUGAAGACUGUGAGGAUAUUAACCAAUCCGAAGGGUAUUACUUGGAAAAAGUACUGCUGUUCAAUUGACAUGGGUGGCACGGACUGGACACGGAUUCUAGCGCGAGCGAACUUCUAUUAUGGAAAUUACGACAGGCCAGUGAAUCCUCCGUCUUUCAGUCUGAUGUUUGAUGCCAACAACUGGGGGGAUGUGGAGACGACCUUGGACGAGCCCGUUUUCUAUGAGGCAAUAUACGUGGUCAAGGCGAAGUCCACACACAUAUGUGUUGCUCAAACAGAGCCUGGAAUGUCUCCUUUCAUAUCCGCGCUCGAAGUCUGCCGGUUGAGUUACACAAUGGAAAAACAAUCCACAAGCGACGCUCCAUCAAUCGGAACCCGAACUGCCUACAAUGAACCUCCUGAGGUUGUCAUGCAAAAAGCAAUUACUGGAAACAAUUUAACUUUUUGGUUACCGGGCAACACUUCCAGGUUUGGCGUGUACAUGUACCUGUACUUCUCCGAGGUAACUUCCGUGUCGCCAGCAUGGGAGAGGUGGUCUUUCCUGCUCUACGAGGACAGGCUCCUCAUGAGUAGGAAACCCAUCAGCCCUCCGUACGGGUCCGUGCUCAAAGUGUCCCAGACCGACUUCUUGGUUGCCAAUGAUACCAAAUUCUACUUGUUGGCAACAGCCGACUCCACUCUCCAUCCCACCCUUCACGCCAUGGAGGCCUACAUGCUCAGCAAGGGAACUGACAGAAGGGACUGA